AAAAGUAUAGUAAAAUUUAUUUUGUCACUUUUAUAUAUAAUCUAGACUAGUGACACGUAGUGUUGUUGUUGCUGUUGUUGUUUUUAAUGUUAUUUUUUUUAUGUUUUUUAUAUAUUAUUUACACUUUUUAUUACCAAAACUAUAUUCUAUCUAAAGAUAGUACAAUAUGAAGUGCUUAACUGUCGUUAAUUUUUCACUAGCUAUGCUAUAUUUAACAAGCUACAAAACUCAUGUUAUAGCAAACCAUUAUUCAAAUAAUGAUAACGAAGCAUGUUAUUCAUAUGCCGGGGGUUCCGUAUAUCCAGCCGGUACACAGCACGCUGGACAUCAAUUGCAUACAACUAAAGCAGUUAUUGGAAAACCUGCGCCUUAUUGGGAAGGUACAGCUGUUGUAAACGGGGAAUUCAAAGAGAUAAAAUUAACUGAUUACAAAGGAAAAUAUCUUGUAUUCUUUUUUUAUCCACUCGAUUUUACAUUUGUGUGUCCAACUGAAAUUUUAGCAUUUUCCGAUCGUAUUAAAGAAUUUAAUAAAUUAAAUGUUCAAGUCGUAGCAGCAUCCGUAGACUCACAAUUUACUCAUUUAGCAUGGAUUAAUACACCACGUAAAGAAGGCGGUUUGGAUAAAAUAGAAAUACCAUUAUUAUCUGAUUUAACUCACAAAAUAUCAAAAGAUUAUGGUGUUUAUCUAGAUGAUCUAGGUCAUACAUUGCGUGCAUUAUUUAUUAUUGAUGGAAAAGGAAUUUUACGACAAAUUACAAUGAAUGAUUUACCAGUUGGUCGAUCAGUCGAUGAAACAUUACGUUUAGUACAAGCAUUUCAGUAUACCGAUGAUCAUGGAGAAGUUUGUCCAGCAGGAUGGAAACCAGGACAAGAUACAAUUAUUCCAAAUCCAGUUGAUAAAAAAAUAUUUUUUGCUAAAAAUAUUGAAUUAUAAUAAAACAUCUUAAAUUUGAAUGAAUAAAAAUAAAAUGUUUUUGAUGUAUUUUCCAACAAAUAAAGCAAUUACUUUUUA